GCUUGGAGCCGUGCAGAUGCAGCUGCGCAUGAAGUUGGAGGAACAAGCUCUCCGCGAGCAGUACCCCAAUUUGAUGCAGGCCAGGGGGACGGAAACACCAAUGGCCAAGAAUGUGGCGAUGAAGGAAACAGGGAUCAUUGUUCCCAAAUUGCCGGAGACCAUCAACCUAUACACCAUGGUCGAGCACUGCGGGGUCGAGGAGCCGGAAGAAGAGACGGCCGAGGUGCCCGUGGAUUCGUGGGCCGCAAAAUUGGUCAGGGUCAGGAAGCCCGUAAACUUUAUCACCAUCACCGACGACCGGGAGGAGUUGAAGCACUGCAACUUCAGCAUCUCGGAUGUCUUUUCACGCAUUGGUGUCAGUGGCGUUUUGUCACUCCCCUGGUUCAGAAGGCUGCUACCCGCCGGCAAGUUCAUCGUCACGGCCGACCAUGGGGCACCAGUCAGCGGUGCGUACAACACAGUCGUGACGUCGCGAGGUCAGCGCAUCAAGUUGUUGGCCAACCCCGACCAGCGAGUGGUCAUCCAAGAGUUUGCCAAGAAGUCCUUCAAAGACAACCGUAUCCUGGACUUUGUAGUGGCAGUGAUGCAGACUGCAAGGAAACCAGCAAACUUGAUCCUGAACGCGGAUGGGUGCAUCACAGCGACCUGGUGCGACAUUUUCCCGAACUUCCCACCGGAUGUGAACAAGGAGAAGGUGGUGGACAGUUUCGCGCUCUUGGGCAAAGAAAUUGCGGGGGAUGUGCCGCUGCAGGUCAUCAACGAUGCAGAGGGCGGGUCGAAGCUGCCAGAGGUCACGGCACUGGCCGUGCAGAUCAAAGCGGGCAAUGUGAUGGGUAUUUCCAUGGGAAGUGAGGGAGCUGGCUACGCCGCAGAUGGCAACCUCAUGGGCCGGAGCGAGCUCUGCUAUUGCUACCUGGACCUGAACCCCAAGGCAUACGGUCUGUAUCGAUCUGAGUGGUUUCUUUCGCUCCAAUACCCAGCCUGCUGGGCAACCGCCGUGCAAAGCACCGCAUUUGCGCAGGAGGCCUGGGCCUAG